CGGCGCUUGGCGCGGUGGUGUUUAAAAACGUUUUGCCAAAAUAAACCAUUGUUGUCAAGUUGCCCCACAGGAACAGAAUGGAAGGAGAAUUGAGCAGACUGGAAAUUCACACUCCAGUUUUUGACAAGAAAAAGAAAAAGCACUCUGUAUAUAAGGAAGGCCAUCUGAGGCAUCCCCAUGAAAGUGUCAGAGACUCCCCCCUGGCAAGCGAGCCGUCUCACGGAACCAAGAGUAAAAAAAAAAGAAAGGAUGGCCAGCAUCUCCUUCCUCCCCCUUUGGAAAAAUCAGAAAUUUGUGAUGAGAUGGAAAAGGCCACUUCUAAACCCAAAAAGAAUAAAAAGAAAAGGCAUAAGGCUUCAGAGAUGGAUGAGGAAACAGGUGUGGUGUAUGUCGUGGUGGAUAAAGAAAAUAUCGAGAACACGCCAAAGAAUUUUAGGAGGGACGUUGACGUCGUGUAUGUUGACGUGAGCCAGGAACAGAAGCCAACAAAAGAGUCUGAAGCAGACGAACCGCAUUCAGUUCCAAAGUCACAGAAGAACGAGUCGGAAGAGCUGCACCAUAAAGUUAGGGAGAGAAAGAGGAGAAAACAUCAGAGGCACAUGGCCUCCUGGGGUGCCGAGCAGGAGAGCCUUGCCGCCCUGCCUGAGUCGGAGCCCUGGGAGCAGGAAACCCCACUUUCUGUGGGCCCAGGAGGUGGAAUCCCACAACAACCAGUAUCAGCUGAUAAAAAAAAGUCUAAGAAAAAAAAGCGAAAAAUUGCACAUGACCAGGAACUGGAGGCAUUGCCCGGGCAUGAGAGUCUCGAGGUUGCGUACUCUGAGGGAUGGCAAGGGGUCAGCGAGGUCGGGACUGCAGAAGGCAGUAAGGAAGCCGGCCGGGUAAAGAAAAAGUCUAAGAAAAGGAAGCGAAGGGCUUCUGUUGAAGGUCCUGUAACUCCUGGGGGUGAUUUUGCAGGGCCUGCUGCAAGCUUUGAGGACACACACUCGGAUUCACUGGAACGUAGCAGUGCCCUGAUUGAAGAAAGCGUGAAACCCAGGCCACAAGAGAAGAAAACCCAGGCCUGUUUGGGAGAGGAGCAGAGGUCGGAACCAACAAAUGAAGAGGAAAGCCGUUUGGAAUUGGCCAAAGAUUCUGAAACAAGAUACUUAUCAGAAGACUCGAGAGAUUUGGGUGACUUGGAUGUGGACUUGGACUCCGCCGUGAGGCAGCUCCAGGAGUUCAUCCCGGACAUCAAGGAGAGGGCCGCCACCACCAUCAAGCGGAUGUACCGGGAUGACUUGGGGCGGUUUAAGGAGUUUAAAGCCCAGGGUGUCGCUAUUAGAUUUGGCAAGUUUUCUGUAAAGGAAAACAAGCAGUUAGAGAAAAAUGUGCAAGACUUUCUGUCCCUGACAGGAAUUGAGAAUGCCGACAAGCUGCUGUACACAGACAGAUACCCAGAGGAGAAAUCUGUGAUCACCGACUUAAAAAGAAAAUACGCAUUUCGAUUGCAUAUUGGAAAGGGCAUUGCCCGGCCUUGGAAACUCGUUUACUAUCGAGCAAAGAAGAUGUUUGAUGUCAACAAUUACAAAGGGAGGUAUAGCAAAGGAGACACAGAGAAGUUAAAGAUAUACCAUUCCCUGCAUGGGAACGACUGGAAAAAGAUCGGCGAGAUGGUUGCUCGGAGCAGCCUCUCUGUCGCCCUGAAGUUCUCCCAGAUCAGCAGUCCGAGAAAUCAUGGUGCUUGGAGUAAGACGGAAACCCAGAAACUAAUCAAGGCCGUCGAAGAAGUGAUUCUAAAGAAAAUGUCUCCCCACGAGUUAAAGGAAGUGGAUUCUAAACUCCAAGAAAACCCCGAAGGCCGCCUGUCCAUCGUGAGGGAGAAACUCUACAAGGGCAUAUCUUGGGUAGAAGUAGAAGCCAAAGUAGAAACCAGAAAUUGGAUGCAGUGUAAAAGUAAGUGGACGGAAAUCCUAACCAAGAGGAUGACGAAUGGUCGGGACGUGUACCGCGGAGUUAACGCUCUACAGGCCAAAAUCAACCUCAUCGAAAGACUGUAUGAGAUCAAUGUGGAGGACACGAACGAGAUAGACUGGGAAGACCUUGCUAGCGCCAUAGGUGAUGUUCCUCCAUCCUAUGUUCAAACUAAAUUUUAUAAGCUGAAAGCUACCUGUGUUCCCUUUUGGCAGAAGAAGACUUUUCCAGAGAUUAUAGACUACCUUUAUGAGACCACCCUGCCUCUGCUUAAGGAAAAAUUAGAGAAGAAGAUGGAGAAAACGGGUACCGAAAUCCAGAGUCCUGCGGUGCCCAGGCAAGUCUUCCUGUUCAGAGACAUCUUUUAUCUUGACGACGACAGUGAGGGAGAAGACGGGGAGGAGAGGAGGUAGGGGACAGUGUUGUGUCCUGUCCGCCUCUCCAGGUUUGGUUGGGUUCCUGUGCCUGGGGCAGAGCAGCUGCUUGCAGGACUGGUGUUUAAUAGAGAAGGGGCGGCAGCCAGAGGAA